AUGGAGGAGUUGGGAAAUCAAGAAGCUUUAAAGCAUGAGUGUGAACUCUGCUCUAAGAAGUUUCGUUGUGGGAAGUCUUUAGGAGGACAUAUGAGGUCUCAUGUUAUGGCGGCUAAUGCCCAGAAAAGAAAACCUAAAAAAGUUGUUAAACAUGAUAAUGAAGAAAAACAAGAUGAUAAUGGAGUGGAACUUUCUAGAGAAACACCAAAACAGCAAGAAGAAGAUGAUGAUUAUUCUUUGUUUAAUGAUAGCAAAGAACAGUUAAACGUAGCAAUGGAAGUUCAGUCUGGUACUGAAAAUGGUGAUGGGUAUUCCUCAGUUCAUCCUGAAAUUGAUAAGGAAAUGAAAAAGGUUGCUAAGUGGUUGGUGGAGCUUUCUAGGAACAGUUUUAAUCUUGUAGGUGAAUCAUCAGAGUCUAACGGUUCACAAUAUAAGACGGCUAAAACAGGAAAUACCAAAAUUAAAAUCAUUUUUAAUAGCAAAUCAAAGAAUGUAAAGGGUCACAAAUGUCCUUUUUGUACUAGAGUUUUUAGGUCGGAUCAAGCAUUAAUUAGGGGUCACAAGAGAUCACAUUUGAUGGGAUGA